AUGCCGGCUUCAUUGAGAAUCGAGAUUUUCCCUUCUGAUCUUCAGCGCAUGAUCGACUUUUACUCGAACGUAUUGCAAUUCCAGCUGCUCAAGCGCGAAGGUACAUACGCCUACCUUCAGCGUGACAAUAUCUUCAUCGGAGCCGUCGAAACACAAUCGUCCGAUACAGUCGAGCAGAAGAAGUUGUAUCGUUCUCCGAAUCAAGGAAUUGAGCUUGUGUUUGCCGUGGACGAUUUGGAUCAUGAGAGAGAUGUCAUCGUGAGCAAAGGCUGGUUGUUGGAUGCUGAUAUUGCUAUGCAGCCAUGGGGAUUGAAGGACUUGAGGCUGACGGAUCCUGAUGGCUACUAUUUGAGAAUCACCACACACAGUAUCAAUGGUGGACCAAUUCGGGAUGCAUCACUAUAG